AAAAUCUAGCCAGCACACUUCCCAAGUGCUAGGAUCACCAUCCCCAACCUUUUGAACGUAGGAAAAGCAGUGUGUGUGUGUGUGUGUGUGUGUGUAUGCUCAGGUGUGGAGGCUGUUGGAUAUUCUGAUCUCUCAAGCUCCGUUUUAUUCCCUUGAGACAGUGUCUCUCACGGAACCUGAAACUAGAGCCCAGCCGGUAAAGCCCCAGUGAGUCACCUCCUGUAACACUGGGGUCACAGGUGCAUACAGCCACAGCUGGCUUUUCACGUGGGUGCUUUGGAUUCGAACUCCGGCCCUUAUGCUUACGCAGCAAGUGUCACACGCUGAGCCGUUGCCUCAGCCCCUGAGAGAAAAAAAAAAUUCAGCCAAGCAUAUACAUUUCUGAUUGAGCACUUAGGAGGCAUGAGUAGUUGAAGGCCACCCUUUGCUACAUAGUGAGUUUGGAGGCAGCCUGAGCUAUGUGAGACACUGUCUCAAAAAUUUUUAGAAAUGUAAUUUUAAUGUUAGCAUUGGGUUUACUUUUAUGAUUUGGAACUGGCCUUUGAGAUUUUUAUAGAGCACAUACUGCCCUGUAUACAUAUCUAACUUGGUGACACACUCAUGUGACCACCACUCAGGUGACAUUGCAGAGAAUUUCUCAUUGGCCCAGGAAGGUCUCCUGUGUCUGGGCUCAAGCAACACCUUCCAGAGAUCAGCCCCGUGAUCACUUAUGCUGUUGUUAGGGACAGAGUCACCCUUAGUCCAGCUGGCGUGGAACUCACCGUGUAGCUCAUGCUGACCUCAGAGCCAUGGACGGCCUCCAGCCUCAGCCUCUGGAGUGCAGGGAUGGCCAGUGUGAGCCCCCGACGGUCACUUUAUCUCCAUUCUCAGCUAUGUUCCCAAGCUGGCUGGCUCUCACCCUCCUGUCUGUGCUGAGCUUGGAUACCCAGGCCUUCAACAGCCAGCUUGUCAAGUGCUUUGAGGACCCGCAGUAUGAGGAGCUGCUGCAACUGGCUCGAAAUGGACUGGGGCAGACAGCAGAGAGGAAGCAGGUGGUGGUGAUUGGGGCAGGCAUGGCUGGGCUCACUGCUGCCAAGAUCUUGCAGGAUGCUGGCCACCAGGUGACUGUCCUGGAGGCCUCAGGGCGCGUAGGUGGCAGAAUCGAAACCCACAGAGUUCCUGGAGCACACUGGUACAUAGAGCUGGGUGCCAUGCGGAUCCCAAUCAACCACAGGCUUUCUCAUGAGCUCAUCAGGAAAUUUGGGCUGACGCUAAGGGAAUUCUCUCCCUGCAACAAUCAGACCUGGGUGCUGUUGAACGGAGUCCGGCAGCGCUCGGGGGAGGUGCAGGCCGACCCUGGGCUUCUGGGUUACUCACUGAGAGCUGACGAGAUGGGGAAGACGGCAGAACAGCUCUUUGAUAAGUCGCUGAGGAAGAUUGUGGAAGAGCUGAAGAACAGCAGUUGCCGUGAGGUCCUGGAGAAGUACGACUCCUUUUCCACCAAGGAGUACCUGAUCAAGGUGGGGAAACUGAGCCGCGGGGCUGUGCAGAUGAUCGGGGACUUGCUGAACACAGACUCUGGCUACUACGAGGCCUUUACGGAGACCCUGCGUGGUAUCAUCUCUUUCUUCCAAGAACCCCGGUUCGAUGAAAUCGUUGGGGGCUUUGACCAGCUCCCCCAGGCCCUACAUAAUUCGCUCCUCCCAGGGACUGUCUGGUUCAACUCCCCAGCUGAGGAAGUGGAGAUGUCUGGCGACUGUGUCCACGUGACCUACCGGACACCUGACCCUCUGCAGCCCAGGGCGCGGGUGACUGCCGAUUUUGUGGUGGUAGCCAGCACUGCCAAGGCUGCCCGGCUCCUCCGAUUCCAGCCAUCUCUUUCUCUCAGCAAGCAGGAUGCUCUGCGUUCCGUCCACUACAAUAGCGCCACCAAAGUGGUCCUGGCCUGCACGCAGCGUUUCUGGGAACAUGAUGGCAUCUUCAGUGGGAAGUCUAGCACUGACCGGCCUUCCCGCUUCAUCUACUAUCCCAACCACAUCUUCCCCAAUGGUGCUGGAGUUGUCCUAGCAUCUUACACCCUGGAUGAUGACUCCUCUUUCUUCUCUGCCCUGGACCACACCCGGGUGGUGGACAUUGUUCUGGAUGACCUAGCUGCUAUUCACAAUCGCAACAAAGAAGAACUCCGUGCCCUCUGUCCCUACUCCACAGUCAAGAACUGGAGCCAGGACCCCUAUUCCAUGGGUGGCUUUGCCUUUUUCACCCCUUACCAAUAUGUGGACUAUGCCCAGGAGCUCAGCCAGCCAGAAGGGCUGGUCUUUUUUGCAGGCGAGCACACAGAUAUGCCCCAUGGCUGGAUUGACACAGCUAUCAAGUCAGGACUUAGGGUGGCAAAGAACAUUCAGGAGGCUGUGGACUUGGCUCUGACAAGGAACCCCAGAAACACAAAAGAACACAUCCCCAAAAGUGAACUCUAAACACCCAUCUGGGCCUUAGGAACUACGGUGAUUCCAAACAAGUCUGUCCAUCGGAAGACGAUACAAAACCCACUUUUACCCAUCUUCGCUUUUGCUCAGAUUUGACCCAAAGCCCAUGAUACCUGGAUCUAUGUCAGUAGAUCAGGAAGAACUUGUAUCACAGAGAUAAAAACAAUAAAGCAAUUAUUGAAUUCGA